GUUAGCAAUGCAUUGUGGUCCGGUCAAUUCGAAGCGACAGCACAAAGACCCAUAACAGUAUGCUAAUGUUUUAAUUUACAGUACACUACAGUAUUUGUGGAAAAGUGGGUGUUUCUUCAGAGGUGGACGCAUUUCUGAGGAGCAUUUCAGAGGACACACUUUGGAGCACAUGCCAUCUGCAUCAAUCGAGCUGUGCAUCUACAAAGUAGAAGAGAGACAUCAGCUUCUACAGGCCUUUCUGAGUGCCGGCAACUUCUUUCCUCCAGCUGUUUCAGUGGAGAAGGGCACACAGUUUUUCUCAGAAUAAUGGCUAACUUGAGUGAGGAAAUCAAGAAGAUCAUCUGCAAGACCUUGCCAAAUCUCUCUGAAGAGACCCAGGGGCUAAUCGUUUCUAAACUUCAGAGCUCUGGCUUGGAGUCAAAAGAAGAUUUAAGAUAUGUACAGCAGGAAGACAUUGCUGAUCUGUUACCUGUCAUUCAGUGCCGAAAACUCCUGGAUGCAUUUAAAUUAGAGACGGAGACUGUUACGUUGGAUCUGCAAGUUAUUCCAACCUCUUCACCACUGAGUAGUGAUUUUUCAGUCUCUGAGUCUUCAUCACCAUCACCAGGCACUUCGACUUAUUCUAGCACAUCACAGCUGUCGACCACUGCAUUAUUGUCAAGCCAGGCAGGAACCGGCAAUCCAAGCAACGAACCUUCCACAUCUCAAAUACUGAAAACAUGGCCAGAAACAUUCCAGGUCCCUUGGGAACAAAUGCCACAGGAAAUACGUUCUGCAAUUGUAGACGGCAAGAGACCUAAACCGGUGGAGCGAAGACAGAUGGUACGAGUACUUGUAGAUGAAAUGAGGAAGUGUGAGGCAAACCCUACUCGCACACAGUGCAUCACUGUGAUUCGAAAAAUCAUUAGGCAGUACCCAAAGAGUUUUGCUGAUAUGACAGCAGACGGGUCACUUUUGGGUGGAGGGUAUACAUCACUUUUGAUUCAAGUGAAAAACAGAAUCGAGAAUGUGAACCGUGACGGAAGCUAUACACUCCACCGAGCCUCUAGAUCAAGGUCUGCAAACAAAAGGGGGCCAACUGACACUUAUGGAUGCACAAGAUUUCAGCCAGAGCUCCCUCCAGAAGAAACUAAUGAGACUGUGGAGCAGAACCGCCAAAGACUUGUUGAGAUUUACAGACAGGAGGGUAUAGGUGGAGCUGAAAGAUCAGAGGUCAAAAAUCUAAUGGAUCUCACAUUCUGUCUUCAACGUUGUCAUAUAAAUGCACUUCCACCACCUGACAUUGAAGAUUUGAGAAACAAAUGGCCUUUUCUUUUCACUCAAAGGGGCAUAUAUGCUCAUUUUGAGUUGCUCACAGACAUCAAUGUGCUCCGUAUGUUGGAACUCAGUAUGGAGGAAUGUGGGAGGGCCAUCACACAGUACUUCAUUGGGAAACCUACCAACAAAGAUGUCAAGGAUGUCCUUUCUAAUAGUGAACAUAAUGAGAUGGCACUUCGUGUUGUGCAGCUGCUUAUGGCACACUUUGGAGAGAAGAUAACAGGGCUGGUCCUUCUUACAGAUAUGUCUGCUACCCCAGCUGAUAUUGAGACUACCCUCGCUCUACCUGCAAGUCCUCGCCUGAUACUGCCUGGUGGAACAGGGCAGCUCAUGACUGGACGCUGGAUGAUCACCUUUGAGGGCCAUGUCAUAUCUGAGGGCAUCACUCCAACCUUUUUGACGGGACUUGCUGCUGUGUUUGCGAUAUACUAUAUCUUCAACCUUCAGUAUCAAGAAGAGGUGGCCUGCACUUUGGAAUUCAUUCAGAGGCGCUUUAUUGGUAUCAAUCCAGAGAGAGGAUCAAAGGCCAUCCGGGGCAAGGUUGUCUCCAAGAAGACUGGUGAGAUGGUCCAGAAGAAGACUGUGACAGUGAAUACACACGUCUCCACACUACUGAAGAACCUCAUUGACUUUGAAUGGGACUUCAUAUAGUGGCAACAAUAAAUCCAGUGAGAGGAACAACUAGCAAAGUGAUGAUCAUCUCUACCUGAACCACACUCUUCCUCUUUGAAUCAGGACUUUUCACUCCCACCCAGACUCUGAAGUUAAGUAAAAUAUGCACCUACCUCCAGGACUUUUUAAAGAGGUAAACAAGCCUACCUCACAGGACUAUUUUAGAGGUCAACGAGUCUAUCUCA